UGGGUCAGCUUUAGUCUUGCUUCGCUUGUCGAACCGUUCGCACGUUGUGGUUUUUGUUCUUCGUCCAACCAAAAGUGAACGAAGACAGAAAUCAAACAUUUGAAUUGCUGGUUUUUAUAUCGAUCGGCGUGUGUUUUGUGUAUGGCCAGCCAAUCUCGGUGGGACUUCGUCGAUUGCCUGUCUCAAUAGCGAGCCAACAGUGUGUGUUGAAGCAGAUCGAGCCGUUCGGUAUACAUCAGAUUGUGACAAGCAAAAGGAAAGAAGUGAUUUAGACACACCUCAUUUGAUCGUCACACCUGUCCAGAAGGCGAAACGACUCUGCCAAAGGACAACAUGACAUCGGUUGGCUAUGAACGAAGGUGCGCUGGUGGUGAACGUCGAUUUUUUCUGGUUCUCUUCUGGAUCGUUCUGGUGACAGUCACAUCGAAUUGCGAGGCAGGUGCUCAGCAGGAUGGCGUUGCAGACAGAAAGCAGGCCCGGCCCAAGGAUGAACAAAUGUCGCGCAGCGGGAGCGAAGAGGACACGUUAGCAGAUGAGGCCAAACUGGAGAAUAUCUGCGACAUUAAGUCGUCGCUUUCGGCUUAUUGCAUAUGCGACAGUCUCUCGUUGAACGACGCCAACGAAGCCAAGUGCUCCGUCUUCAACGUCAGCGAUCAAAACGAUUCGAUUUGGGAAUCGUUCAAAACGCAGGCCGGUCUGCAAGAGCUGCAACUCAACGUGCAGGAAGAUGGCCGACUGAAUUUCCUGCCAGCUGUGGUUCUGCGCAAUCUACCUGAUUUGACGUCACUACAGGUGCGUGACGCCACCAUAGACACGCUGGCGUCACAAACGUUUGUCGAUGUGACGCAAUUGCACGAACUCAGGCUCAACCGCAAUAAGAUUCGUCACAUUCGGCCAUUCGCUUUCCAAGGUUUGUCCAGAACAGUCGAACUGGAACUGAGUCAUAACGAGUUAAGCAGCUUGGAAAGGGGCGUCUUCGCCGGAUUGGACAGUCUACGACAUCUGUUUCUCGACGGCAACAACAUCUCCCUGGUGGAGGACUCUGUUUUCCAGAACUUGCGAAAGCUGGAAGAGCUCGACCUGUCCGGAAAUAGCAUCGCCGUGUUGACGGGCGAGACGUUGAUGGGCCUCCAGCAACUCAAGAAGCUCACCCUGCGUGGCAAUCAGUUGGCUAUUGUAGGCGAUCACACGUUCGCUCAUGUCAGCAAUCUGCGUCGACUCGAUCUCAGUUCGAAUCAGCUGCAAGUCAUCCGCCAACAAGCGCUGGCCGGUCUGCGUCACUUAAACAAUCUCGAUUUGUCCCGCAAUCAAUUGAAAGGGCUCGACAAGUCUGCCAUGUUGCCAAUUUGGUCUAAUUUAGUCAACAGUUCCAUGACGUUUACCGUAGAAGGCAAUCCGUUGCUAUGCGACUGUCGAUCAUUGUGGAUUCUCAGGGAUCUCAGAAUGUCCAGCACGAGCGAAAGCGUCAAAACGAAUAUUGACCGCUUGAAUUGCACCGGCCUUGCGAGCGCAACUUCUUCGACGAAUCUCAUCACUUCACUUUCAGUUCUCGAUUGUCGGCCGCCUGCUGGAUCGACGGCCACGACCAGAAGGCCGCCGCGAGGAUCGACCACGUCUACCACCGCAGAGGAGGAACCGAAGCUACCAGUCGUGGUGAACGACAGUAGCGCCUCGUUGCAGUUGUCCAGCCCCGUGGAAAGUAAAGAAGUUCGGCCGCAAGAUCCGGUUUCUUCCGCUGCCACCAACACGGUUCUUCCGGAGCUGGACUCUUCGGCGCCGAUCGUUGGUGUCCCCAUCGCCACCGUUUGUUUGUCGCUCGUUUUCGCAUCGACCGCGUUACUGUGAACUGCGCAAAGCAAAUGUUUUUUGUUUUUUUGUUUUGUUUUAUGAUUAUUUUGAAAGGAGAUAUACUUUGACAACAUGCGUUUACCAUAAACCACUGCCAAAACGCACGGCCAAUUGUUUUUCUCAGAUAGAACAUAAUCUUUUUUUUUCUUUUUUUUUUUUUUUUUUAUUGACAACAAAUUGCAAAAAUUAUGGAGCGCAGGGUAAAGAAAAGAAAAGAUAAAUGGGGGUGGAUAUCCACCAUGAUUCCUAUAUUGGUCAACACUUGGCAUUUUCUGAAUUUUAUUUUACAUUAUUAUUUUUUUCUCUUUAAGUUCGUCCUUUUCAUGGUUUUAUGACAUUAUAUUAUGAUUUGUCUUGAUUUGUGGUAUCUUUCGUAUCUUCUUCCAAUUAUCAAUUAUUUUUUUCUCUCGUUUUUCUUUGUUUCAUUGUCGGAAAUCGAUCCUGAUUUUUGACGCAAUGUGUCUGUGAUGUUUUUCGCUUGCAUGACAAAAGUUCUGAUGAUCAAUUAUCUGGAAAAUACGACUUAAAGUAUGGCAAGAGAAUUAGUUUAAAAUUACCCGCCGAAAAUAGCAAGGGCAAAACAUGAUAACGAGAGAGCGUCAAUAAGACGUACGGACUUAUUUUCGCAUGUCGGAAUGGAAGAGCCUCCCAGAUAAUAACAAAAAAUUUAAAUAAAGUACAACAUAAAAAUAGGCUAUUUACAGCAGUAUACGUUUUUACACACCUGUUGCUUGCACCUCUUCUUCAUUUUUUUUUUUUUCUAAUUCUGUCAGGCCAUCAUAUAAAUCUCAAUUUUCCUUGUAAAGUAAACGAUGAGUCCAGAUGGCAGGCAUAACGUCAAGCCCUCCGGUACCAAGGCUAAAAGAUGUUCUACUUUGGCAUUGUUGUGGAGACCUCGUUUUAGUGUUCUUUCUUGUCGCACCCCAAGUGUUCCGUCGCAACCGUAUUCGCCUUUAUUUUUUAUUUUUUUAAGACUUUGCAUAUUUAAAAGAAAGAUCCGUCGUCCAUAAAUGUAGCUGGUUAAGGGAAAAGAAAAAAAAACGAAAAACAAAAGAAAAAAAAAAUGAACCUGCACAUGCGCCAGGAGCGAGUAGAACAGGGGACAAGUCAAUUGAAUUUUUAAAAUGCCAAGUUCCCCUCCAUGAAACAUGUAACAACCAAGCUAAAAUAAAUCUAAAUUCGAUGUAAAUAUUUGUCGUAAAAUUAUGUAUUUUUUUCUUUUUUUUUUGUCUUCUUUUAUUUGCUUGUUUUCAUCAUCUCCUCAUUUUUUGUUUUUUCUUCUUUCGUUUCGUAGAAAAUAUAAUCAUCAACGUUA